UUUGCAGAUGCGCAUCCUUGCCCCACAAAACCACCACCAGCCUCCGCCUCCUCGGCCUCCGAUGGUCAUGUCCAUGGCCCAGCCGCCCCCAGUCUCCAUGCAGGGUCUGGGCAACAUGGCUGCCAUGAUGGCACCAUCAGGAGGGAUGCCCAUGCUGGGCACCCAGCCCAUGCCCCUGCCCCCCGACUCUGGGGUGGGUCACAGUGACUCACCCCAGCAGCCACAACCUCCCCAGCAGCAGCCGUCCUACCAUCACCUCCAUCACUCCGCUCCUCAGACUCGCCACCAGUCUGCUCCCCCAGUUCACCGGCACCACCCACCACCGCACAACCAUG